AUGCCGCUCAAAGUCCUCAUCAUCGGCGCAGGUCUCUGCGGACCAGCUGCGGCGACGCUACUCCGCCGCGCUGACCCAGAGAAUCAUAUCACAGUCCUGGAGCGACAUGAAGGUAUCCGCCAUAACGGGCUACAGAUCGAUUUUCGUGCGUGGGGCGUGUCUAUCAUGCAACGGCUUGGCCUCCUCGAAGACAUGCGCAAGCUGUUGGUCAAAGAGGAAGGCACGUCCUUCGUUGACUCUAAUAACAAGGCGCAUGCCGUGUUCGGCGUUGUGGGAACUGGUGGUGGACAGCAGUCUUUUACAAGCGAUUUUGAGAUUAUGCGUGGGGAUCUCUCGCAGUUGUUGUAUGAGGCUAGUCGUAAGGAUCCCAAGACGGGGGUUAUGGAUGGGGAAGGGAAGGAUACGAAGGGUGAUGGACCGGGUGUUAGGUAUAGAUUCGGCACGUGGGCGACGGCGCUUACGCAGGAUGAGAAUGGUGUUGAUGUUACGCUGUCGGAUGGCACUACGGAUCGGUAUGACCUUGUGAUCGGCGCGGAUGGACAGUGGUCGCGAACACGACGCAUGAUAUUCGGCGAGGAGGCUGGACUUGAUGCGUUCAAGCGUAUGGGCGUUUACGUAGCGUACUUCACCGUGCCUCGAGUUCCCGAGGAUGAUAGUAUGGCGCGCUUCUACCUUGCGGGUAACGGGAUCAAUAUCUUAUCUCGCCCCGUAGGUGUUCCCGGCAAAACGCAGGUGUACUUCAUGGUGCGAACGUCAUCCGAGGAAGCCAAGAAUGGGAUUGAGAGAAAGUCGGUGGAGGAACAAAAGGCUGUAUUCGAUAAACUGAUCCGAGGUUCUAGGUGGCAGACAGAGAGGUUCUUAAAGGGUAUGCACGAAAGUACCGACUUCUACGGUGACUCCCUUGGACAGGUUAAGGCUCCAGCAAUAAUAAAAGGACGCGUCGCGCUUCUAGGCGAUGCAGCAUGCUGCGCGAGUCCUAUUACAGGCAUGGGCACAACGGCAUCACUGUUGACCUCAUGGAUGCUAGUGGGCGAGUUGAUGAGGAGUGGAGGCAAUGUUCCGGUCGCACUCGAGGCUUAUAACGUCAAUGCACGACCUUACAUCAACGAGUUGCAAAAAUUCCCUCCCAUUAUACCACGCAUCAUGACCCUCCAGUCACGCUUGGCUGUCGCCGUCAUAUACUUUUUUAUGUCGUUAUUUAUACAGCUUAAGCUUGACAAGAUUCUUGUCAAGCUCAUACCCGACGACAAAGGCGGCAUGCCUCUUCCAGAAUAUCCCGAACUGAAUCUUCCCGAAGCUAAUUGA